AAUUGAUUGAAGCUCCGAUAAAAAACGAAACUCAUCGAAACCAUCCCAUCCCAUUCCCACAUCCAAGCGUAAAGACAAAUAAAAAGCGCGAUGAAAAUUUUUACAAAUUUAUUCGAUAUCACUUCGAAAAAUCGAAUGUUGGGAGGCGUUGCCGGUCGGCACAUGUCGACCCGUCGGCGUGGCAGUUCGCCAGCUGUUCGAAUCGGAAACAACUUAACACUUUCAUUGGAUGAUGCCAAUGGCGCGCCAAGGCUACCGCCUCGACGACGGCGAGCCGUUACAACAAGUGACCACAAAAGCUGUGCCCUUAUUCAAACGAGACUGAAACUAGGUGAUAUAAUGUUAGCGGCAGCUCAGGAAGCAGCGCUAGCAGGCCACACUUCACGAAACGGAUUUCAAAAGAGUACUUAUCGUUUAGCUGAUAAAAUGGGUGGUCAACAGUCUCGCGGUGAACCACCAACUAGUGGUGGUCCCACAUCGCUUUUCAUAUUCACAGAAGAGAAUCCGAUUCGCAAAUAUACCCGAUUCAUUAUCGAAUGGCCACCGUUUGAAUAUGCCGUACUCAUGACAAUCAUCGCAAAUUGUGUGGUGCUCGCUCUCGAAGAGCAUUUACCAGAUGGCGACCGAACAACAUUGGCGAAGUCUCUUGAAGCGACUGAAGUCUAUUUUUUGGGUAUAUUCUGUGUGGAAGCAUCGCUGAAAAUUGUAGCCUUAGGCUUUUUACUGCACAAAAACUCCUAUCUCAGGAACAUAUGGAAUAUAAUGGAUUUUUUCGUUGUAGUAACUGGGUUCAUCACAAUGUUUCCAUCGAUAGGAACUCAAGUAGAUCUAAGAACUCUACGAGCGAUAAGAGUUCUUCGACCGCUAAAAUUAGUAUCUGGAAUUCCUAGUUUACAAGUAGUUUUAAAAUCAAUAAUAAAAGCUAUGGCACCGUUGCUUCAAAUCGGACUCUUGGUUUUGUUUGCAAUUGUCAUAUUUGCAAUCAUUGGGCUCGAGUUCUAUUCGGGUGCAUUGCACAAGAGUUGUUAUAGUUUAGAGAAUAUAAAUGUAAUUGUGAAGGAGGGAGAUGCCGAAGUUCCGUGUAAUUCUGAUAAUAAAACAUUAUCACCGUCUGGAGCAUAUCCAUGUAACGCGAGUGUUAGUACAUGUUUAGAAAAAUGGGAUGGUCCCAAUUACGGCAUAACGUCAUUCGAUAACAUUGGAUUCGCAAUGUUGACGGUAUUUCAGUGUAUCACGAUGGAGGGCUGGACCGCUUGCCUCUAUUGGACCAACGAUGCACUCGGUGCAAUGUACAAUUGGAUCUACUUCGUGCCGUUGAUUGUGCUUGGAUCGUUUUUUAUGUUAAAUUUGGUUCUUGGUGUUCUCAGCGGCGAAUUUUCCAAUGAAAGAAAUCGGGUCGAUCGACGUGUUCAAUACUACAAAUGUCGGAAUCGAAAGCAAUUUAUCGAAGAUAUGUCAUCAUAUUUGGAUUGGAUUUCUCAAGCAGAGGAGGUAAUUUUAGCUGAAGAGCGAACGACUGAAGAGGAAAAAAUGCACAUAAUGGAAGCACGUCGACGAGUCGCUGCCAAACGGAAAAAGCUGAAGAAUCUGGGCAAAUCAAAGUCAACAGAUACCGAAGACGAAGAUGCCGACGAAGAUUGCGGAGAUGAAGGCUAUCUUAAACCAAAAGUGCCGAAUCAAGGGAGUUGCAAAAGUUUCUGGUUGGCGGAAAAACGAUUCCGUUUUUGGAUCAGACACACCGUUAAAACCCAAUGGUUCUAUUGGUUUGUCAUCAUUUUGGUGUUCUUCAACACGGUCACCGUUGCAGUGGAGCAUUACAAGCAACCACAAUGGCUCACUGACUUCCUUUACUAUGCCGAAUACGUGUUCUUGGCAAUGUUCAUGAUGGAAAUGUUCAUAAAAAUGUACGCACUGGGACCGCGCAAGUAUUUCGAAUCAGCGUUCAAUCGAUUCGAUUGCGUGGUCAUUUUCGGUUCAUUGUUUGAAAUUCUAUGGACGCACUGGAAAGGUGGCUCAUUUGGUUUGUCUGUGUUACGUGCACUUCGAUUGUUGCGCAUAUUUAAAGUCACCAAAUACUGGUCGUCGCUGCGAAAUCUUGUGAUAUCAUUGCUGAAUUCAAUGAGAUCGAUUAUCUCGUUGCUGUUCUUGCUCUUCUUGUUCAUACUAAUAUUUGCAUUGUUGGGCAUGCAGCUAUUUGGUGGCCAGUUUAAUUUUGAAGACGGAACACCUCCCACCAACUUUAACACAUUUCCCAUCGCUCUGUUGACUGUAUUUCAAAUUCUCACCGGCGAGGAUUGGAAUGAAGUCAUGUAUCACGGCAUCGAAUCGCAAGGUGGCAACAAAAAGGGAAUGAUCUAUUCUUUAUACUUCAUCGUCUUGGUGCUUUUCGGUAAUUAUACGCUGCUAAAUGUGUUCUUGGCUAUCGCUGUCGAUAAUUUAGCGAAUGCACAAGAACUGACUGCCGCCGAAGAGGAACAAGUCGAAGAGGAUAAAGAAAAACAAUUGCAAGAGUUGGAAAAGGAAAUGGAAGCGUUGCAAGGUGAUGGCAUUCGAAUGGAUGGAGGUUUAGCAUCACCGCCAAAAGGUCGUAAGAAAAAAGAUGACGAAAAGAAAGACGACCAAGAAGAAAUAACCGAAGGUCCAAAACCAAUGUUACCCUAUUCAUCGAUGUUCAUUUUAUCGCCCACCAACAUUAUCCGACGAGCCGCUCACUGGGUCGUAAAUCUUCGUUAUUUUGAUUUCUUCAUUAUGUUAAUCAUCACAAUGUCAUCGAUUGCGCUAGCCGCUGAAGAUCCAGUGGACGAGAAUUCGUAUCGAAACAAAAUUCUCAACUAUUUUGAUUAUGCAUUCACCUGCGUCUUUACCAUAGAAAUGUUACUAAAAGUCAUCGAUUUAGGCAUUGUACUGCAUCCGGGCAGUUAUUUACGUGAAUUCUGGAAUGUAAUGGAUGCCGUUGUUGUAAUUUGCGCUGCCGUUAGCUUUGGAUUCGAUAUGACAUCGGGUGGUGGUGGCAGCGUUGGCCAAAAUCUAUCCACAAUCAAAUCGCUGCGAGUGCUUCGUGUACUCAGACCGCUAAAAACAAUCAAACGUGUUCCGAAACUGAAAGCCGUUUUCGAUUGUGUCGUCAACUCACUUAAAAAUGUUGUUAAUAUUUUAAUCGUGUAUAUAUUAUUCCAAUUCAUUUUCGCUGUAAUUGGCGUUCAACUGUUCAACGGAAAGUUCUUCUACUGCACUGAUGAAAGUAAACGGAAUGCUGAAGAGUGCCAGGGCUCAUUCUUUGUGUACGAUGAAGAGGAAGAGCUACCACGCGAAGAGAAACGACGAUGGAUGACACAAAGUUUUCACUACAAUAACGUUGCAACGGCGAUGUUAACACUAUUCGCCGUUCAAACGGGCGAAGGAUGGCCACAAAUUCUUCAGCAUUCGAUGGCUGCCACAUAUGACGAUCAAGGACCAAUACAAAAUUUUCGCAUCGAAAUGUCCAUUUUCUACAUAAUUUACUUUAUCGUGUUUCCAUUUUUCUUCGUAAACAUAUUCGUGGCCUUGAUUAUCAUCACAUUUCAGGAGCAAGGCGAAGCCGAGCUACAGGAUGGAGAAAUCGACAAGAAUCAGAAAUCUUGUAUCGAUUUCACGAUCGGUGCUCGUCCACUGGAGCGAUAUAUGCCAAGUAAACGAAAUAGCUUCAAGUAUAAAAUUUGGCGCAUCGUCGUCUCAACGCCAUUCGAAUAUUUUAUUAUGAUGUUAAUCGUGUUCAAUACUCUACUACUUAUGAUGAAGUACCAUAAUCAAAGUCAAAGCUACGAAAAAGCAAUGCGAUAUAUCAACAUGGGUUUCACUGGAAUGUUUAGUGUUGAAACUGUGCUCAAAAUUAUCGGAUUCGGUAUAAAGAACUUUUUCAAAGAUGCGUGGAACGUGUUCGACUUCAUCACUGUAAUCGGUAGCAUAAUCGACGCGAUGGUGCUGGAAAUUGGGGCCAAUACGUUCAAUGUUGGCUUUUUGCGUCUGUUCCGUGCGGCCCGUUUGAUUAAAUUGCUGCGCCAAGGAUACACCAUUCGAAUUCUGCUCUGGACCUUCGUUCAAUCGUUCAAAGCUUUGCCGUAUGUCUGCCUGCUUAUCGCAAUGUUGUUUUUCAUUUAUGCCAUCAUCGGAAUGCAGGUUUUUGGAAAUAUCGCUCUAUCGCCCGAAACCGCCAUUACAAGACACAACAAUUUCCGAUCGUUUGUACAAGGAUUAAUGCUACUGUUCAGGUGCGCGACAGGCGAGGCUUGGCCGAACAUUAUGUUGGCAUGUCUUAAAGGUCCGUGUGAUUCCAAGUCAGGCAAGCAAGGCGAAGACUGUGGAUCACCAAUAGCAUAUGCAUAUUUCGUGUCCUUCAUUUUCUUUUGCUCGUUUUUGAUGUUGAAUCUAUUCGUGGCCGUCAUCAUGGAUAAUUUCGAUUAUUUGACAAGAGAUUCAAGUAUUUUGGGCGCGCAUCAUUUGGAUGAAUUUGUGCGCAUUUGGGCUGAAUACGAUCCGAACGCAACGGGCAAAAUACACUAUACCGAAAUGUAUGAUAUGCUAAAGAACAUAGAUCCACCUUUAGGUUUUGGUAACAAAUGUCCGAACCGCCUCGCCUACAAGAAGCUGAUCCGAAUGAAUAUGCCGCUGGACGAAGAGAAGCGCGUGAAUUUUACGACAACCCUAUUUGGAUUGAUUCGCGAGAAUUUAAAUAUAAAAAUGCGACCCGCCGACGAAAUGGACCAAGCCGAUGAAGAGCUUCGUGAAACCAUCCAAAUGAUCUGGCCUUUUCAAGCGAAAAAGAUGCUCGAUCUACUUAUCCCACGCACUGACCGUUUGAACAAAAUGAAUUUGACGGUGGGGAAAAUCUAUGCCGGCCUCUUGGUACUGGAAUCGUGGAGGAAUACGAAAUUCGGCCAAAUUGAAAGCGGAAUACCGACGAAAGAGGCAAGCAAAACAAGUCCCACAUCCAAACAGGCGCAGAAACAAUCGUUCUUUAAUUGUUUGCUGGAUAUGGCCGCAAUGGAAAAGACCAAUUCACGCGCUGGUUCGAUAAACAUAGAUGUCGAUGUUGGUGGUGGUGGUGGUGUUGUUGCUGGUGGUGGUGGCAACGCUAGCUCACAAACACAAUUGCUACAUGGGCAAAAUGGUAGUACCGAAGAGCGGUCAAGUCUAUCGCAACUGGCUCGGCACAGCACCAUCCGAAAACGCUCUUUGCGGAGUAAAAAGAUGUUGGAAUUACAAGACAUUGGAUCGAGACAACCUUCGAUGGAGUCAUUGACGGGUGCGCCCGAUGGAUUACAUUUGCAUCCAGGACAUCAGUAUUCGAGUCGACGAUCGCCUAGUUUAAGACGAUCUGGAUCGCCGCUGGUUCGAACUCCAAGUCCGCGUCGACGCAACCAUUUGCAUCCCCACCAUGAUGUCGGUUUCUCCGAUACGGUAUCAAAUGUUGUGGAAAUUGUGAAGGAAGAACGUGGACAUCAUCGUGGCUACCGGCCAAAUGGUCGAUAUCCUCGAGGUUCAUGGUCGGCAUCAACAAGCCCAGCCAGAUCACCAUCACCAUCAUUACGUUACACACACGGUGGUCAUCAUCGCGGCAAACCAAAUCAAUUUCCUCCCACGUACGGUACGACAAGUCUAUGUCAAAGAUCACGUUCACCGAGUCCGGCUCGUUUACAGGAAUUGCGUGAAAGAGGUGGUCAUGAUGUACAACAUAGUUAUCCGGUAUUGGUACAACGACGAGGCCAAGGCCGAAGAUUGCCACCGACUCCAUGUAAACCAUCGACACUUCAACUGAAACCAUCGAACAUCAACUUCCCGAAAUUAAAUGCUAGCCCAACACAUUUUUAUUCACAGACACAUCAUUCGACGCCACACAGUGUUCAUUCGUUGCCACAUUCACGCGAAUUCAUUCGAGACAACAAAGAUUACUACUUUCGGGAUAAAGACAGGGAUUCUCGUAGAGAACUUUUCCGCGACCAUCGUGGACCAACACGUUACAUCGCCAGAAGUCUGGAGUACGAUGAUUCAGACUAUGACAUGCGAUAUGAGUAUAGAGACCGAGAAAGAGAAUUAUAUGAAUUGGAAAGAGAUCGUGAACGAGAGCUGGAACGCGAAAGGUUGGAGUAUCACACUCCGAUGUCAUUUGAGCAAGCGCUGGCCAUGGGUCGAACCGGUAUUCUACCAUCGCCAGUGAUCAACGGAUUUAAGCCAAAAGGAUUGGGCGGUGGCUUGCCGAGUGGACGUCGUUCGGAUUCAGAUGAGGAAGAAGAUUGGUGCUAGCAAAGGCUGAACAAUGAUCCACGACUUCCAUUUCGUAGAUCAGACACCACCAGAAAUAACACACACAAAUCACGCGUGCCCAUUGCGCAAUAUAGCAAUCACUCAUCAUCAUCAUCUGAAAUGUUCAAUUUUUAAUGGCGUUCAAAUAGCUCAAACAUCUAAAAGUAAUAACAUUGAAAACCACCUAAAAACCGAGUUCAAGGACAUUCAACUUCAGAGUUGAAAGCGAGCAUAGACAUAAAACAAUUGUUUUGAUUAUUAGCUUUUGUUUAGUCCAAUUCAUUUUCACAUGAUGCAUUCAUUCAAUCGAAAUGAAUACGUUGUUUAUUAUCCAAUAAUUUUAUAUAGUUUAACGGUUUUGUACUUAGAAAAAGUCAAAUAUUUUAAACAUGUGCAAUCAAGAAAUGAACAAGAAAGAAUGCAAGAUUACAAGAAAAUGGAAUUUGUUUCAGUUUGUUAAGCAUAUUUGAGAUUUAAGCAGUGUUUACCUGUACACACAAGUACAGGGUAUUCGUUGUUGUCUAUUUCUUUUUCUAUUCUCUCUGUUGAUUUUUCGUGCGCGCAACCAUUCCAACGUCGUUUUUUCGAAGAAAACAUGAAACUGAUGGCGUUUUGAAAAGCAGUCGUUUUAACGAAAUUUUUUCAACGCACCUAAAAUCGAACCAAAAAAAGAAAGCAAAAGAAAUGGAGGGAAACGGUGUAAAAAAUUAUUUAAAUGAAUUUUCCCUUUUUUGAUUGUAUAAAUCAUCACCGAUCAUUGAAUAAACACAAAUAUUGUACUGAAAUCAGUGAAAAAGUAUGGAAAAAAAUGCGAAUAAAACUGAAGCGAGCAAUCGUUUCGAAAUACAUCUUUUUGACCAAAACGUAUUCCUCGUAAUGCAACUAAAACUGAAGAGAUACUUAUAAUUGUUAAUAAAACACCCUCAUUAAAAACAACCACACAAUUUAUAUUUCAUAUCGAAACAACAUAUAUCUAAAUAUUAUAGAGUUUAUCCAACGUCAUAUUUACAUUCUACACGACAAGGAAAAGAAAACAAAGUAUAUUUGAAAUGUCGAAGCUAUUUAGUGUUCAUAUCCAUAUUUUUGCUUUGAGUCGCACAGACCAUGAACAAUUACCGAACAACCAAACAGGCGUCAACAACAUGAAGUCAAAGCGAGAUUGUUUCCCUUCAACUGUUCACCCAAAUCAUCGUUCCCGAAUACGUUCGAAUGUCGUCGACCUUUGAUAAUAUGUUUUAAAAAAAAGCUCUUCAUAUUCAGCCAGUGACACAACUCAUUCAUAUCUUUUCAUUUCAAUUUAUUUACCCAUCGACGCUGAAAUCAUCGUUGAUACAAAACAAAAUAGGACUAAAUAAGUAGAUAAUCGUAAAAAUCCUGUACAUACAAUUUCAUAGAUUCCAUAUCUCAAUGCAUUCAUUAAACAAACAAACAAAAAAAUGCCUAAUAAUCUUAAAUCACCGAGAUGUUAGUUAGUUGUGUGUUUCCCAUUCUAAAGUUUAAAAUUUCGAUUUGUGAAUUUCAAAAUGUUCAGAGUUCGUAUACUUCAGAAAUUCAUGCCGGCUAAAUGAAUUUUGAAGCCCAAUGCUAAUAAAAAUCAGUUCUCGUUUGAACCAACAGGCAAAAAAAGGGAGAAGAAACGAGUUGCGGUCAUAAUGACCUGGACGGACAACAUGCUUUUCUGUUUCUAUUACAUCAGAGUAUGCAGUCCGUCCGGGGCGUUAUCACUACCACUCGAAGAAACAAACGAAGAUAAAAUUGAAUUCAUUAAAUCGAGACAAAAAACAGGUUUUUUUAAAAUAAAACAAACAAAAAAUAAUGAAUAAAAAAAGGUUUAUCUAUGGAACGUAGGCAUUUAAAAAUAAAUUGCAAGAAUUUGCACAAAAAGAUAAUCUACAUUCAUCCGAUAUAAACGCGAUAUAUCGACGCUUGUUUAUCCCUUUUUCGAUACCUCUAGUUAAUUCGUGUAAAUAUUUUGUCUGUCAUCAAAUGAAUCAAUAACAACAAAAAAAAACGAAGAAUAAUCAAGAAAAAUAUAGAGAAAAAAAUAAUAAAUCAGAAAAAAAAUCCUUUGAAUGUUUUCGUUUUAAAUCAUCCAAACAUGACAAAGGUACCCACUAAAUUAACCAAAUUAACAAGUUGGAAUGUUGAAAUGAUCGGAACAGACAACUAAACCGUAUGUAAAUAAAGUGUCGUAUUGGAAAAAGAUCGAUGAAUCGAUCGAUGUUGAGCACGGAACGUGCAUCACUUGUUAGUGAGGAUGACGAAAACGUGAUGAUUGUUUUUGCUGAGAUAGGAAGAGAGGGAGCGAGAAAUAUAGGAGAGCGUAGUUUAAAAGUGUGAGAUAAUUUUUAAGGCCAAAGCAUUAGCAUAUUGUUUGUUGAGCUUGCAGCUAGGAAAUUUGCUGUUUCUUUUUAAAGAAUUCAAAAUACAAAAAAAAAUUUAUUAUAUAUGAAUUGAAAGUCGGUGCAAAGCUACAAUAUCCAUAUCACAGUCCCAAUUUCAUAUCUCUCUGUUUUUUUUUAUUUAUCAUUUAUUGCCAUUCAUACAUAUACCGCGCGCGCUGUUAAGUUUUUUCUAGAAAAAAAAAAAUAUUAUAAAGACUUUUACAUGUUGGUUUUUAAUCCAUCAAUAUAUCAUUAGCAAGAGCGAGAGAAAAGAGAAUCAUUUGCAAAUAUAUAUAUAUAUAUAUUUAUAUAUAUUCAUUGGAAAGCGAAUGAAAAUCAAAAUAUUGAAACCAUGUAAAUAAAUUCGGUCAUUCUUCAAAUCUGUCUCACAAUAAACAUAGCAAAUCCGUAAUUGGGUCAAUAUUAUAAGCUAUUUGCUUUCCCUGUAGUCAGAAAGUACUUGAUUUAGCGUAUUUACAGGGAAAGAGAUGAGCCAAAACGUUACAUCGCGUUACUUUAUUACACCCAUUCAUUCAUUACCGCGUUACAUUUCGUCCGCUUCGAAAUUCGGCACUUAUAUUAUCCCCCGCUCUUUCGAUUUACAUUCCACAAAAAGCCCAUUCAAGCUUUUCAAUCUCAAAUUUUUAAUGCAAUUCGACUCAAAUCUCAUGAAUGAAACAUUUUAUUCGCAAAACAUAUAAAAGUUUAUUUUUUACAAAUGUACAACACCGAAUCGAGCCCACACACAAAUACAAACACUACCAAUAUUAUAGAUAGGUAAUGGUGUAGCAAACAAAAAGUAACAAAAAACCAAACAAAAACAAGCGAGACAACACCGAUUUGAAAUAGCCGAUUUAAAUGGUCCUUUGAACAAAACAAAAAAUUCUUUAAAAAGCCAGCAAAUGAAUAUUUAGAAGAGAACGUUUGAAAAACACUAAAAUUUAUACACUUUUCACAUAUUUUGCGAAAAAAUGUAAAUAAAAAUAAAUACAUUUUUCUGUGAUACGAUUACUAAUAAAAAGAAAAUGAAAAUAAUGAUAUAUGAAGAAAAAAACUGAAACAAAGUAUAUAUAUAUAUAUUUCAGAAAAUGGUCUCCGAUUCAUAUUUAAUCCAGUGGAUUAAUUCAUCAUCUUUCAUAAUGUGACAUAUAUAUAGAGAAAAUAAGAAUAUUUGCACAGACAACGUAUUUUGAUAAUAUCAGCUAGCUAACUGAUCUAUGCGUUGCGUUUAUAUAUAUAUUCCUUUCUGGAUCUCAAGUCAAAUUUGAAUGAAAUUUCCUAACAGCCACUGAGCUCAGAUAGAUAUUAUCAGUUAGCUAGCUGAUAUUCAAAAAAUGCAUUGUCUGUAUUUGCAACAAAAAUGGCAACAAACAAACGAAAAUCAGAUCAAAUCCCACUAAUACCUAGUACACAUUUACACAUAGAAUUAAUCAAUUCGAACAAAAACCAAAAC